AGUUUUCCUGUGCAACAUAAACAAACCAGUGAAAUUCGGACUGAAUCGUGUUAGAUAAUAUUCAUACUAAGUCUAAAUUAAUUUAACUUAAGUUAAGUGAACUAAAUUCAGUACAUCAGCAAUGAUCCUGCGACUACUUACCUCGUCCAUUCGGCCACGGCUGCCUUCGUUCACCGCCGGAACUCUGCUCAGUCCGUUACGAUCGGCACCCGUCUCUUCCUGUUCCAACCCAAUCAGCUGGUUCAGCAAGACCGCCGGUCGGCGGCUUGCGACUCAGGUCGGAGCCAAGAGCCCCCCAGGCCGAAUCUACGACGUCAGCACGAACGUGGUCAAGGAUGUGAUGUUAUUCAAGUACGACAACCCAAAGUUUUUCCGGAUGUUGAACAUUUUCGCGAUCAGCCAAUUUCUGUUUUGGGGUUAUUUAACGCACUUUGCCUAUACGACGCUCAAGGAUGCACCCGUGCCGGAAACAGAACAUCCGGAGGAGUUGGCUUGGUACCAGAAGAUUAAUCUGGGCGAGAAUAAGUACCGGAACGGAAUCGCGAUUAUGUCGUUCUUUAUUGGUUACGGCAUCCUGUUCGCGUCGUGGAUGUUCACACUUCGCUCGGUGCGCUUCCUGAUUUUACGAAAGGGUGGAGCUCAAGUCAGUGUCGUCACGUACGGUCCCUUCGGGCGGAACCGCAUCAUGGACGUGCCGGUGAGGUGCAUUUCGGCGCAGGAAUCGCGCGAGGCAGCCCGCGUUACGAUCCCCAUCAAGAUCAAGGACCGGUCCUUUUUCUACGUUUUGGACAAACGCGGUGAGUUCUUCAACAACCGGCUGUACGACUAUACCGUCGGCAUGAGACGAAAGCUUGAUUAGAACUUUAUAGAUGAACAAA